AUGUACAGCGACGAUAGAACAUGGCAUUGUGUUGAUAAUCUCAAUCUAGGGAAUUCGUUACUCCCUUACGCAGCCUCGGCCCCGUUCGACUGUCGCCCGGAGCGGAUAGUUUGUCUCGAAGGGACAUGUACCGACACCUUGAAAAGUAUCUAUACCUGGGCACUCGGCCAACACACAACUGGCGAAAGGGCCGAUUCUACGCAAGACUUUACUCACGUCCAAUCCCGCAUUUUGUUUCUGAACAGUCCGGCUGGUACCGGCAAGACGACGAUCGCAUACACUGUUGCAGAGCGAUGCCGUGCAGAAGGCGUUCUGGGAGCGAGCUUCUUUUGCUCUCGGUUGGAUACCGAUUGCAGCAGGCCCUCAAUGAUCUUCACUACAAUUGCGUACCAACUUGGAUUGUUCUGUAAACCAUACAAGGAUCGAGUCGCUGAGAUACUCCAGAAGGACCCUCUUCUCGUAUACUCCGGCGUCUCUCACCAGUUCAGAGAGCUGAUCAUGCACCCGCUAGCGCAGCUCUGCGAUAACUUUCCCCCAUGCGUGGUAGUUAUCGAUGCACUCGACCAGUGUCCAGAUCACCACGCUGCUUCCGAGGUCGUGUCCGCUUUGCUAAAGCAUGGACGGGAUCUCUAUCGUCUUCGAUUCUUUGUCACCAGCUGUCCCGAGCAUCAUAUUAUCACCAGCUUCGACACUCCAGGCUAUUGUAAUGCCGUUGGCCAGCCGCUCGUACACAAAAUUGGGUUAGAGCCUGAGUCCGUCACUGCAGACAUCGAGCGCUAUCUUACGGUGGUUCUAUCGGACAUCCCAGAGUGCUGGCCUGGUAAAGCUAGCGUCGUAAUGCUGACUCAACUUGCCAACGGCCUUUUCAUCUCCGCUGCCACUGCAGUCAAGUACAUUGAAGACCGGAGAUACAGCGAUCCUAUCGGACAGCUUAAGGUCCUCACGCCCACUGUAGUGUUGCAUGGCCCCUAUCAGUUCCUCGACCAGCUGUACUUGCGGGUGCUCGAGAGCGCCUUCUCCGACAUAUCAGAGGGCUCCAGGCUACCGGGACGACUCGACUCUGUUCUGGCCGCCCUUGUAGCGGUAGUUCAAGAUCCUCUUUCGAUUCCCGACCUCUCACGCCUGGUCAGACUCACCGCUCAUACGGUGUAUACAUCCCUUGUGCGUCUCCGUCCCGUCCUUAUUGUGCCGGCUCUCGAAGACUCUCCGUCGAGCAUCCACGUCAUUCAUCCUACCUUUGUUGAGUUCCUACUCGACUCCAGCCGCUGCACAAGCCGUUCGUUGUCUAUCGGUUCGGGGAAGCAGCACGCGGAGCUGCUUCAUGGAUGUCUGGAGGCCCUGCAGGAGCUAAGGCGAGACAUCUGCGACAUCCGGGACCCCUCUCUGCUCAACAUUGAGGUCCCUGACCUGUCAAAACGUAUAGAGAAGGCGAUCCCGGCACGCCUGAGGUAUGCAUGCCGGCGCUGGUGGAUUCACUUAAUAAACGGAGAGCUGUCGGACAAACUCCUGGACGCACUUUUGGAAUUCGCGCAGAAGCAGCUACUGUAUUGGGUCGAGGCAUGUAGCCUGUUGGGUGUGUUGAGGGACGCUAUCUCUGGUCUCAGUGAAUCUCGGUGCAAGCUCAUGGUGACUAGGCGUAUUGCGCGUCUGCUGAACGACUGUGAACGGCUCAUCAUCGGUUUCCUCCCCGCGAUAAGUGGUUCAACGCUGCAGUUGUACCAUUCGGUCCUGCCAUUGACUCCAAGGAAGACGACACUUGCGUGGACUUUUGCAAACGAGCAUCAUGCAGAGAGCUCUAUCAGUGUUUAUGGAGGCGUGGCAGACUCGUGGGACACCUGCUUGGGCACGGUCAUGGCACAUGAAGGCAAGACCGUCUAUGCUGUCGACUAUUCACCUGACGGCAGAACAGUCGUCUCUUCCGGUAACGACUGCAAGAUACGGCUCUGGGAUGCGCCCACCUGCAGCCUACUUCUCGUCCUCUCCGGCCAUUCCGACUGCGUUAACUCUGUCAAGUAUUCUCCGGACGGCGCUCACCUUGUUUCCGCCGCUGAUGACUGCACGAUCAAGAUCUGGGACGCUGUAUCUGGCAUGCUUAUCCACACCCUCAGGCUAGAGGCACACGCAAAGUUCAUCCCCUGCGCAGUCUUCAUGCCCGAUGGCGGGCAUAUCCUGUCUGGUUCCGACGACGGUUCCAUUAAGAUCUGGGAUGCCGGGACAGGUGUCUGUUUGACCACCUUGACUGCGCACCAAGACCGGGUCCUGUCUAUUGCCGUGUCUCCAAAUGGCCUUUGGAUGGCGUCGAGCACAGAGAGCCUAGUUUGCUUGUGGAGCCUGGAGGCACCCGGCGAGGUUCGGCAAGCGUUCGCCGGUCACACCAAGGACGUCACGAGUGUCGCCCACAGCCGAGACGGUACCCGCAUCGUGUCUGGCUCCCUUCGUGAGCACUCUGCCUGUCUCUGGGAUGUUGCGACAGGCAAACUCCUUCGCGAGUUUGUGGGACAUAGUGACGAUGUUUUCUCCACUGCGUUCUCUCUCGACAACAGUCGUAUCGCAACGGGCUCUCGAGAUGGGACCGUUAUCAUUUGGGACGUCGGCACUGGAGCGUCUCUAGCGACAUUUAUGGGACACCACGGCUGGAUUCGUUCAAUCGCCUUCUCUCCGAACGGAGAUCGUGUUGCGUCAGGAAGUGAUAAUCGUCGCCUUUUGGUGUGGAGCAUCGAGGGAGGGGAGCUGCUUCAACUGUUCGAGGAGCAUACAGACUGGGUAUGGUCGGUCGCCUUUGCUCCUGGUGGGGACGUCAUCAUCUCUUCGGACGACAAAAACAUGCGGCUCUGGGACAUUGAAACAGGUGCUUGUCUCCUCGUCCUCAACCCAGAUACCUGGUAUCACACCAUCCCCUUGUCCCCUGAUGGCUCUGGAGUCCUGGUCGACAACGGAGAGAGACUCGUUGAGCUAUGGGCACCUCUUGAUGUAGACACGCAAGCGACGACAUUGUUUCCUUGGCUUCCACGCCGCACUUGGCCUAUGUACUAUGAAGAGGACGGCUGGAUCUUCUCGCUGACGCCAACCCGGCGGACGCGGUUGUUUUGGGUGCCGGUAGACUGGCAGGGCAUAGUGGGAUACCUCGGGCAGAAUGUAGUAUUCGGAAAGCAGUGUAUCAGGCUCAAUUUCUCAGCGUUGAAUAGUUACCUCGAGGAUUUGUGCAUUGCUCAUGUACGGUAGUGUAUUCAGUAUUUCAGUUGUAUUUGUAUCUGCUUUGCGUGCAGCAAUUACUGUAUGUCCCACAAGUCAA